AUGAAGUUCACCUCCGUCGUCGUCCUUGCUGCUGCAGGCAUUGCCUCCGCGCAAAACUUGCAAGGUAUUCCAGAGUGCGCCGUUAAAUGCAUUCGUGAUGCCAUUGAGAAAGCCGGCUGCUCUCUUACAGACUCACCAUGCCAAUGCGGUCCCAAGCAAGCCGACAUUGCCGACAACGCAACUCCAUGUGUCGUUUCCUCUGGCUGUACUCCAGUAGAGGUCGGUCUCACUGCCAACCAAGGACAAGCCCUCUGCAAAGCAUAUCUUGCUGGUGCCGGUUCCAACGCUACAUCCUCUGUCAUCCUUUCCUUGAGCAGCGUCAUUACUGCUGCAACCAUUGACGGAACUGUUGGACUGAUCACUGUUCUCCCUACCAAUGGCACUCGACUCUCAACAAGUGGUAAACCUACUGCUAUUUCUUCGACUACCGCUAGCAGUGCUUCAUUAUCUGGCGCUCCCAAGACAUCUUCUUCAAGCGCUGGUGCGGCUCAGACUCUCGUUGCUGGGAUCGGCGGUGCAAUGGCUAUCGUUGGCGGAAUCAUGGCGGCCUUGUAA